UUCAAAUUGACAGAACGUGUAAAGAAAACUGUUUGAAGAAAAUUACAUAUUCAAAUAUGACAACAACUUGGAAAAUAGUUUUAUUCAGCUUCAUCCUGUGGUCUGAGUCUCAUGCGGCAACAACAUCUAUUGACCUAACAAAACUAAAUACUCAAGUAACAAGAAAAAAUGGUUAUUUACCACCACCGCCCACUGUAAUGAAUACAAAAAAUGUUAAUUCCACAACUCCAGCUACACCCUCGAAAACCUAUAUCAGUAAAACAACACGAAGUAUUGAUGAUUUCAAUACUCAUCCACAACUAAAAGCCACUAAGGCUUCGUUUGGAUCUUCCCAUGCUAGACCGUUGUUUACAUCGUAUGCUCCGCCACCCUCUGGUACAUUUCCAUAUAAAAAUUACCAGCUGCCUAUAAAUUCGGACACAUUGAAAAUUCCUUUUGUUGUGCCCAAAAAUGAAUACACUAAACAUCCAGGUUUCGAUGUCACAUCGGCUACAUUGCCCGACAACAACGAUUCGGCUGCCACACAAAUGCUCAUGAUUGAAGAGCCACCUUCGCUACUGCUACAACCUCAACAUAACCGAACCAUUGAAGCAGCCAAGAUAUUGGCCACCACUUUAUUGGAGGCCAGUGGUGAAGCCCCAUUGGAACCAAAUAAAACUCCUGUCAAUUCGUCAGAUGUUUAUAUUGUGAAGUCACAGAAAAAAGCCUACAUUAUACCGACGCAUUUGAGGAAGGAGAUUUCAAAACCAUCAGCUGUUGAAACCCUAUAUCCGAUGCGAGAACAAUUCGAAAAGGCCUAUACGAUAAAUCAGUUUAUUUUCGUCAUUAAACCAGAAAAAAUUAAUUUUCUCAACAAGUUAGUUUAAAUUGCAUCCUGGUUUGUUGUCAUGUCAUUGUUGU